CAUUGUGAUGGUAACGGAGGAUCACCAUCAUCACGAGUUGCGGGGGAGGAAGAGAUAUCGAAUAGAAAAGUUCAUCAGUGAGGGAACGUACGGUAAGGUGUUCUUGGCCAAGGACCUCUCCAAUGGCGAGGAUGUCGCAAUAAAGAGGCUGAAGACGGCAGCAGCAUCGGCUGGGACAAGUGGUGGUGGCAUUGGAGGAAUACACUUUACGUGUAUCAGGGAGAUGAAGGUCAUGAAAGCUGUUCACAGCGAGAAUGUCAUGUCGUUGGUCGAUGUUUUCGCAUCAAUUAACGAGGAUGAGGCAUCAGCUGAGGAGUCGGCAUCUACGGCAACCCCUAGGCACAAACAACCUCAAUUGUCAUUGGUCAUGAAGUUCAUGCAUUGUGAUCUGAAGAAAGUCCUAAGUUCGAGGAAUGUUACUUUAUCUUUACCAUGUAUUAAGGCUAUGGUAUACCAAAUAGUGUCGGGCGUGAAGGCUCUCCAUGAUGUCUGGUUCGUCCAUCGGGAUCUGUCAUCUGGCAACGUCUUGUGUGAUAUCAACACUGGAACGCUCAGUUUAACCGAUUUCGGUCUCGCCAGGCAGCUUGGCCAACCGCCUCCGGGAUGUUUCGGUCAGUCUAAGCGGUCGUUCGGAGGCAACAUGACCUUCAAUGUGGUCACGUUGUGGUAUAGAGCUCCUGAAUUGUUAUUUGAAUCCUCCUAUUACUCUCCAGCAGUCGACAUCUGGUCUAUCGGUACACUCAUGGCAGAAAUGCUACCUCGGGGGGAAAGGAGUCGACCGAGUACUGUUAAACGCAGGGCCCCACUCUUCCAGGUUCCCUCUGAGGUUGAUCUACUCAAGGCCAUCGUGGAGCUUCUCGGUACUCCGUCAGAACAGGCCUGGCCAGAAGCCUCCAGCCUCCCUAGCUUCCAUGAGUUUGCUUAUCUACCCGAACCUGAUAAUUGGCCUCGGGAUAUGUUCGGGGAUGCUUGCAGAGAAUCGGAUAAGUUGGAUGAAUUCCUUAAAAGUAUGUUGAUGUUGAAUCCAACAGCCCGACCAUCGAGUGCUGAGCUCUUAAAACACGAUUACUUCACUUUGGGCCAUCCUACUAUGGCGAGCAAAGGAGAGGUAGCAAAAGCGCUACGCCCAGCUGUGGGUGGAUGAGCUUACACUGGUCUCUCAAUUU